GCUGUCUGAAACCAUCCGUGUUGCAGCAAAACCAGUCACUUCUCGGACACCAUACCUUCGCGGAAAUUGUUAAAAACACCGUACAAACCAACAUGACUUUUAUCUCCUGAUAAUUGAGCUUAGAUUAAGUAUUUUAUUUGGUAAUAUUACUGUUUUCCAUUCGGGAAUUCGAGAAUGGAUGAUGAAUGGGAGGAAGAGGAGCAGCUUGUUGUGAUGGAGCUCUCCGGUAUAAUCAACUAUGAUUUUCUGUCCAAAUGUCAUGGCACAUGUAAAAUACUUGACAUUGACAGUGAGAAACCCAUGAUACAAAUAGGACAGUAUGUGUUUGCAGGAGAAUAUGAAGAUGCUUUAGGAACUUGUGUGUUGUUCGAGGAGGGAUCACAGAAAGGACAAACAGACACUACUCCAGAACUCAAGUACAUGUGUCACACUGUGAAGAAACUGAUGAUGCAACGAAUAUUUCUUACAGAGAAGAAAGAGGGUGAAACAGCUGAAGAAAGUGUUGAUAGUGCUGAGCAGAGGGACACAACCUGCCUGUCAAGCCAAGAUGAUAACCAACAGGGAGACACAGAAGACGAGAUAGAUAACACAGAUAUAGAAGAUUUAGUACAGAUGUGAAGGAAUUACUGUAUUGUGACGAUAUAAUAUAAUGUGAAAUUGAGAGACAUUCUGAAAAGACUACUGGAUUUAUAAAUCAGUAUCACUUUGGUUCUAUUAAUAUGAGUCAUUCAUGUCAAGUAAGUA